CAAAACCAUUUCUGUCGAGAUAAACUUAAGAAGAGAAAUAAAAACACAAAACAUAAUCCCAUAGCAGAAGUUCGUCAGAGACUCCAUUCAACUCCACCUGAUUCCAUUUACUUGAUGGGUUUUGUUGUGAAUUCGAGUUUAUUAACACCCGUGCGAAACGAGGCGGAAAAUUUUAAUGGUUUGCCGUAUUAUCGAUCACGCAACAAUUCACUGCCUCAUCUCUCAAUCAGGAAGGUAUCAUGGGUUGUGAGGACAGAGUCGAAUGUUCGGAGGAAAGUACGAAAGAAGCCGGAUCCACCUUGUGUGGUAUGUGAGGGGAGUGGAAGAGUGGAUUGUCAUUGUUGUCAGGGAAGAGGAAGGACGAAUCGGGUUGAUUUGGAAAUGCUUCCGAAAGGUGAAUGGCCGAGGUGGUGUAAGAAUUGUGACGGAAGUGGGCUUACGUAUUGUUCGCGGUGCCUUGGAAGUGGAGAAUAUAGGGGUGUUAUGGGGUUUCAUUUCAUGGAGAAGGAGAAUAAUGAAUAGCAAUAGCACUAGUCUUAGUUUUUUCUUCUUCUUGGGUGAUGAAUCGAUGAUAUGAUAUUAGGUUUGAGGUCAUAGAGAAUGUUAUGGUAUAGCAGAUUGACUUGUAAUUGCAGAAUAAAUGAUCUCAAUCACAUUAUGGAAAAAUUGCUUUAAUUGAUUGUUUGAACUUCCUACUUCCUAA